GACUGCGAGUGGCAUACAUCGAGCUGAUUGUGCGCAUCAAAAAUGCGGCUCCUAACUCUUCUCUUCAUCUGCUUCUACGCACUCCUGUCUCCCCUACAAUGCGGUACUUCCUCCAGCGCUGAUGACAGAAGAUGGCUGGUCUCUCUAGUGGACCUGGUGGAGUUAGACUAUGUAGACCAUUGUGAACAAAGAGCUAAUGCUGCGUGGAAUGAACUCACUGGAAAUAGUAAAGGAUUGGCGUCUAAGCUGGAGCGCGACAAGACGUACGGCAUGUUCGUUGUCCAACAAACGACUGACAUCAAAAGCGCUCUCACGGCGCAUGCGCUCUCGGCCGAUGACAACGUGCUCAGGCGCAAGGUGAAGUUGCUGUUACAGCCUGGAGAUACACUACUUGAUACUGAGCAGUGGAUAAGGCUGGUCACGUUCGGCGAUAACGCUCAGAACAGAAUUAGAUUUGCAACUAACUACGAUUGUGGGGCCGCCACCAAUUGUUCGCUAAAAGAAUUCCACUACAACUUCGCUCGGCAGCAGGACGAAGAAACACUGCUUCGCAUGAAAAAGUCCUGGGAGCAUAACUUGCCAGACCUCAACGAUUACUUAGAGCACAUCCUUCCUUUGUUGAGAAAUGCAUCAAAACAGAACAAUUACAACUCAGUAGAAGAAUACUGGGAUGCGCUCGGCGAGUACGAAGGUGCCAUUUUAAAGGCGCGGGAAUUGUGGGAAAAUGUGAAACCUCUUUACUCGAAACUCCACAAAUACAUUGCACUUAGGCUCAAGGGCUCUGACGCCGUCGGCAAGCCCCUGCCAGUACAUUUACUAAGAUCGCUGACCGGAGAUGAUUGGUCCAAUCUAAUAGAAAGUUUACUGCCGAAACACGCUGGAAUUUACCAAAAAGUCCACGCAAAUCUUCAGUUGAAGAACUUAGGCGGUGUAGAAGCUUUCAAACAAGCUGCAAAACUCAUCAAAGCUCUAAACUUAGGAGACGCCAACCCAGAUAUUUGGACUGAAUCUGUGUUCAAUAGUACUUGCCCGCCAACCUUAGUGAAUUGGUGUAAACCUAACAAAGUUAGAGCGAUAACUUGUAAAGACGUCAGCAUAGCAAACUUUAUUGAAGCUCACGAAGCAGUCAUGAAGAUUGUCUACAAGCAAACCAUUAAUUUACAUAGCAACAACACUUAUAUUCUAAGAGAGGCUUCCCGCUACUCUGCUGUGUUUGAAGCUAUUCCUGGGUUUGUGUCGCUACUUUCCGUGAACCCACAUGCGCUCAGUAAGGCUGGAUUGUUCCCGUUGGAAACUUUCAACUACAAUCCCAAUUAUCAUCGUCUGGUCUUGCAGUUGAUUAUGGCUCUGAGAGAUCUACCAAAAUUAAACUUCUAUCUGGCAGCCGAUGAAUGGAGGAUAAAAGUUUUAACAGGAGCGAUUCCUUACUCGAAAAUUCCAAGCAGCUGGAGUGAUUUUCGUAAAAACUUCUCCAACAUUGAAACGGGUGACAGUGAUUUCCUUGGGGACCCAUACAUGAUGUUUAAUAAACCUUAUAUUGGAAAAUUCAUGGGCUUAGUACUAAAGUACCAGAUCUAUCAGUCUUUUGCUGAAGAACUUGUAUCGGAUGAUUCGGAUUUAGUAAACCAUAUAGCUGAAAACAACGAUCGUUUAAUAGAUGCAAUGAUCCAAGGCUACGGAACUGUCUGGCCUGAAAUGGUCAGCGAUCUACUAGCCAAGCGGGAAUACGGCCUAGAAUACACGGGACUGACAGACUACUACAAAUUCCUGGACGAAUACCUAGAUAACCAACUGGAGCCAUCAACAGAUAGUGGUUCCGUUAUUAAUUCCGAUGAUUACGUAGAUGCCGUUGAGCCCGUGCCCGAAGAAAAUGAAAUCCCAUCAUCCGCCGAGAACCAAGAAACACCCAAAGAAGUAGAUACGGCUAUUGAAACUCACGAAGACAUUAUAAAUAACAUAAUCAAUACAGGUGAAGAAUCGAAUUCUAAGUUUAGUGUAGAAACGUCUACUGUAGGUGUUUUGGAAAUAAAGAAUCCUGUCGCAGCUGGGGACCAAAAGGAGGUUACUACGAAAGAGGCGUCGUAUAACACGUACUGGUGGAUAGGCAUAGCUGUGGCCCUGGCAGUCGUUGUGAUAUUAAUAGCAAUAAUAGCGAGGAAACGCCACAAUCAUAGGAAACAGCUGGAGAGGCAGCGAAGAGACAACUCGCAUGCCUGAUUUGAGGAAUAUCGGUUCUAGAAGUGGAACCGAUACUUAUUGACACUGAGACUAAAGUUAGUGAAAUUGUGCCAAUAAUUCAGUGGAGUUCAAAAGACGUAUUUCUGUUCAGUGUACCGAUUUGUGUUAUCUGCUUUAUGUUCGAGAUGUUUAGUUGUAUUUAGCUGUGUUCGUUUAUUAUUUCUGUAUUAUUUAUUACUUUCAUCACACACCAAUGCAUUUAAUGAUGUAAUUGUAUACAAUGUAUACUCAGAAUGUUUUAAUUUGAAUUUUCUAAUAAUAAUGCUAGAUUAUAAAGAUGGAAAUAUUUUUGUACAUAUCACAAUUUGCGAAAUAGAAUAAAGAUUGUUACCAAGAGUGUCUAUAAUAGUUGUAUAUUCUAGUUAGAUGUAAUUUUGCUGUGCCUUAAGCGUCUCAAUUUCUAAUAAGUAAGAUGCAUAAAAUAUGUUAGGAAUUAUCAAAUUUGUAAAAAAAUAAUUGUAAUUUUGUAAAAUCUCUAUUUACCUACUGUCAUCUGCAAAAACUUUCCGACCAAAACUUAAUUAGUUAGGUUCAGUGCUGCGUUUAUGAAUGUUAUAUUUGAGUUAUUUACAUCAAUUGAAUAAUCUAUCUCUAUACCUGUCAUAACCAAAUAUAUAUUUAUGUUUAUAAUUUAAUGUUGCUAAUGAAUACGUUACUAAAGCUUUACUGAGGUAAAGCCGGGAUUAGUACUUGUGUCAACAUUGAAAGCAGAAAAUAAUAAAUGUUUUAAACAUAAAA